AUGGCUGGUGCUAUCAUGAUGCGUCCGGCAACUAGGCCGGACAACCCCGCUGGUGAUAACGAUAUGGAGGGCUUUGAUCUGGACCCCGGCACACAGGAGGGUAGCCAGAACGAGGGGCCGCCUAGGAUAGAGGAACAUCGUCCUGGGGCUGGAGCACGUGCCCCGCCAGCCGGCCCGCCGAGGCCCAGGCCCCCCAGGGCGGCUGCAAGAGGAGGUUCGCGCCCGGCGCCGGACAACGGAGACGGAGAAUGGGUGCAAGUGGUGAGACGUAAACCCAGACCCCCGCCUGAGGAAGCCCUCAAGGGAAUUCCAAAGGCCAGACGGCACCUCGUUAUCACCUUGGCCACCAAGCUCAGUGGAGAUGGGGUCGACAGAGUGUGGCCUGAGCUCACUGACGACGACAUCAAAGAAUGUCGUAUGAAGCUCAACAAUGCGGUGCUCGCUAACGACACCCUGAAGGUUAUCGGGGCUUGGACGGUGAAGUAUGGGCUGGCCCUGGAAGUCGCGGAUCAAAGAACCUACGAUGCAAUCUUGGCUGACCCACCCAACGGAACGAUCGCGAGGGAGCUGCCGGGCAAGCGCACUGAGAUCAUCAUCGAAGGCAUCCCGGAGGAGGUUACCGAGGAGGAGACGCUAAGGAGGGAGCUGGCUCAACGCAAUGGCAUCAAGGCGCCAUACGAGGUUGUCAAAAUAAGCAAGAGGAGGGGGGAGAAAGGGGGCUGCGCAGCUAUGCUGCGCAUGGACCCGGAGGCGGCGAAGGUGCUACUGGAUAAAGGUGUGCUUGGUGCGGAGAAGAAGGGCACCAGAUGA